CGCUGAUUGGCAGACGAUCAAUCGCUCAUCAGUUGUUUACCGGGGCGGGCUGAAAGUCUGAAAGUCUCGAAACGGGAGCUGUCAUGCCUCAGAUAAUUUAGCUAACUGAUAUUGUUUACUUUGUCUGUAAUGACCACCGGCCUAUAAAAAUACCGAUAAGCAUUUUUUGUGUGUAUUCUGUUCAUUUCAUCGGUGUAAUCGCAGCAGAGGUGAUCAUUGUACAAUUUUUAGUCUGAUAUUUUCUGCAAAGUUAUCAUCAUGACUCAUCUCUGGAACAAACAGCGAAUGCUGGAACUAGUGUUAUUGUUAUUAUGUCUCAUUGUCGCAAAAACAUGUGCCAAAUACGAGUAUCAAAUAAAAUAUCUGGACGUUCCGUUGGAUCACUUUAACUACGUGAAUGAAACUGUAACCUUCAAAUUGAGAUACCUCACAAACGAUACGUACAAUCCCGAUGGCGACGGUCCCAUCUUAUUCUACACGGGAAACGAGGGAGACAUCGAACUGUUCGCUCAGAAUACCGGUUUCAUGUGGGAACUGGCUCCAAAGUUCAAAGCUUCUCUAGUAUUUGCCGAACAUCGAUACUAUGGAAAAACGCUUCCAUUUGGAAACGCGUCCUACGAUUCACCCGCUAAUCUUGGCUACCUAACUUCGGAACAAGCUCUGGCUGAUUUCGCCUCCCUUCUGACGGAAAUUAAUCCUUCCAAUCGGACCACUCGAGGACGUCCGGUGAUUGCUUUCGGGGGAUCCUAUGGUGGAAUGUUGGCAGCUUGGUUCCGCAUGAAAUAUCCCCACUUGGUGACGGGAGCGAUUGCAGCUUCCGCUCCGAUCCGGCAGUUCGACGCUGGCUGUGGUGUAUUUAAUCAAAUCCUAACGUCCGUGUUCACUGUGGCAUACACUCGCGAAUGUUCCCAGAAUAUUGAACGCUCUUGGGAUGCACUGAAGAACUAUUCCUCAACGGCCGAUGGUUUGCGGGUGCUGCAGGAGAAGUUCAAAUUCUGCACUAACGUGACCAAAGCCGACGAUAUUACGGAAACAUUUUUCGAUUAUUUAGGUGAUGUUUACGGUAAUUUAGCGAUGAUCAACUAUCCGUACAACACGUCAUUUUUGGCUCCAGUGCCGGCUUACCCGGUGCGAGAGUUUUGCGGCCGUCUGGCGGAAAAUUAUACGGGAUUGGAGCUGAUUUCUCGACUGCAGGAGGCCGUAAGCAUCUACUCGAACUAUACCGGAAAAACGAAGUGCCUGGAUAUAAGUUCCUCAUACGACAGCAGCAUGGGCGACAAAGGCUGGGAGUUCCAAACGUGCACGGAAAUGAUGAUGCCAAUGUGCUCGGAAGGUACGGGAAAGGACAUGUUUCCUAAGAAACCGUGGGAUGAGAAGAAAUUCUCCGAUGAUUGUUUCAAGAAAUUUGGGGUCCGUCCGAAAUCGAAUGUGGCCUUCACUAUGUACGGAGGACUUUAUUUGGAUGGUGUAUCCAACAUCGUAUUCAGCAAUGGCCUAAUGGAUCCUUGGUCCGGAGGAGGUGUACUGCGCUCUGGAAACAGGAACAUUUUGGUCGUUCUCAUCCCCGAAGGUGCCCACCACAUCGAUCUACGUGCUGCUAAUGAAAAUGAUCCGGGAUCGGUUCUGGCCGCCCGUCAGAUCCACGUGAAAAAUAUACAACAAUGGCUUAAGCAGUACCGAAGAGCUAAAUACUAUUAGCAAAAAAAAACAAGCACCUGAACGAGAGAUUCAUGUCAGUUACAUUAUAGAAACUAAUUUUUUAUUAGAUAGGAUUUGUAGAUUGAUCAAUAAAAUGCUCUGCUUCAAAUAACUUUCGGACCAAAUAAAGGCGACUGUUUUACGAAUUCA